AUGUGUGAUCAAUACAGAAAAUCAUACCGGCUCGGACGUCGCCCGGGUGAACAAGGUCCGCGUCCUCUGUCGAGGAACCAGGACAGAGUCGAAAAAUUGGCGACUGGAACAACAACAACAACAACAACAAAAGAUUCAGCAACAGCAAAUGCAACAACUACGAAUUCAACAACAGCAAAUGCAACAACUACGAAUUCAGCAACAGCAAAUGCAACAACUACGAAUUCAGCAACAGUAAAAGCAAAAGGCUCACCAACAACAACCAAGACGACAACAACAGAUCCAGGAGGAGCCAAAACAAGAAAAACAAAUAAAACAACUACGAAUUUAACAACAACGAAUUCAACAACAACGAAUUCAGCAACAACGAAUUCAGUAUUAGUAAAAACAAGAGAUUCAGUAACAACCAAUACCACGGGAACAUCAACGAGACCAGCAAGGAUAACAAACAAAUGA